AUGGACUACCGUCACUCGUCGGAACACUUCAUCCAGCCUACGGAUAUUACAAAAGAAUUUGGACUCGAUAACAUGCAUGCCGGCACGGGCGACGAAUCUCAACAACCGCUGAUCGUAGACGAGAGCGACGACGACGCGACCGCGCAUCCAGAAGCCACCCGAAACGAAGCAAAUCGUCUGAUCUGGCUAUUGACCCUCAGUGCAGGCUUGAGUGGUUUGCUUUUCGGUUACGAGUGA